ACCAUCCUCCUCGUCGAAUGUUCUAAUCACGCUAUUAGACGGCUCGAUAAGAGCCGUAGACUCGCGAACCGGCGAGGUGAAAUGGACGUUCGCGUCCGGCCAGCCGCUCGUCUCCGCCGCCGGGCCCGCGCAGGGAGCAGGAGCGGAAGGGGGACUGGCGGAAGGGAGGCUGGCGGAAGGUGUAGGGGGAAGGGGAGCGGAAGAGAGUGCGCGGGGGGGGAAGGCUAGGCAUGGGACGGCGGAAAGAUGGGGCGGGGGAGAUGAGGCGGACUGGGACUAUGAGGAGGAUGAGGAUGAGGAUGAGGAGGAGGAGGAGGAGGAGGGGGAAUGGGGAUGGGGGGGAGUGAGGAGCGGAAGGGAGAAUGGUGCGCGUGGCGGUGGGGAUGUUGGGAGUGGCGGGAGUGGGAAGAGAGGCGGGAAGGGGGAGGUGGGAAAGGGAGGGGGAAGGGAAGGGGGCAAGGAGAUGGUUAUUCCGGGGGUGAAUGGGCGCCUGUACUCGUACAGAGAAGGGCUCGGCUUGCAGGAGCUGCCCGUAACAGCCAAAGAGCUCGUGUCCGCCUCGCCUUCAGUCACGCGCGAUGGCGCCACCGUGAUCGUUGGAUCGCAGAAAUCAACGGCCUUCCUGCUCGACCCAGUCACAGGCGCCGUGCUCCGCUCCUUCGACCCGCUCGCUCCUCCGGGCGGCGGUGGCUUGUCCUUUUCUGCGACUAGUAAUGAUGGGAACGAGCAGGCGGACAGCCCACUGGCGGAGUGUCUGAAAAUGGCAGAAGAGGAGGGCGGUGAAGGCAUGGAGGUAGAUGGAGGGGUUGGGUUCCUGGAAGGUUCGAGGAGCAGUGAGAGGGAGGGAGCAGCAGACGUGCAGCAGCAGCAGCAACAGAGGAAGAAGAAAGAGUGUGAUCGCUUGCUAGCGUCUUCCCUGCUGGUGCUCCGAACCGAUUAUGUGGUUCGGGCGGUGGAGCUGAGGUCUGGCAAGCAGCGGUGGAACGUCAGCUUCGGCGAGCUGAGCCCCAUGAAUGGAGCUCUGCUGGGGCUAGCAGGAGGCGUGGGGGGGGGCGUGGGGGGCGGAGCACCGAUUGGGGGAGUUUUGGGGGGAGCGCUGGGGGCAGGAAGGGGAGGCGGAGGGGGAAGAUCAGGGAUGGAUCUUACAGGUAGAGGUAUUUUUGGUGGUCAUGGGAGUGGGGUGCCGAAACGACAGCUCUUGCCAUCCAGCGUUCCUGGAGAAGAUACGGACCCAGAUAUUGAUCUGGGUAUUGGGGCGGGGGGACAAGGGCAGGGGGAUAGAGACGAGAUUGGAGGUUCAGGGUUGGCAGGAUUCAACACAGGGUUAACCGCUGCAGCUACCACGAGUAUAGACCCAUCUGAAGAGGGUAAUUCUGACAUCUACUCAAUCCAGCUGACCAACUCGCAAAAUGGUCAGCAGGCAUGGCAGACGACUUUUUCAUCUGCCCCGCUUGCAGCGUUCACGCCGUCGGGCAGGCUGGUGCAGGAAUUCGUGUCGCGCGAUUCGUCCAAGGACACGGGGCCAGGGCAGGUGCUGUAUGUGGGGCGAGUGGCUGGCAGCCCGUUCGCCCUCGUCACUCCCAGCGCCACCCACGCACCCAACGCUGCCCUCCCCCUCCUCCCGGCCUCGCCUCACUCUCCCUCGCCCUCUGAUGGCCUGCCUGUGGGCAUGUCUGCAGGCAUGUCGGCUGGUGGGGGGGUGGGGGGUGGUGGUGCAGUGGUGGGUAGGACAGGCAAGUUCACAGUCACAGAGCCGCCCAGGAUUGCAGGGACGCGAGGAGCUGGAGCUGCUGCUGGGGAAGCUGGUGAUGGGAAUGGCGGUGGUGGUAGGGGCAGGGGUAGAAAUAGGGGCAGGUUAGGCACUGGUGGUGCUGGUGGUGGUGGUAACGGUGGUGGUGGCAGUGGGGAUGAUUCGCUGUACCCCACAGUGGUGAGGGCGCCGGGAGCAGCAGCUGCACUGUAUGACGCCAUGGGGUGCGCUGACAGCCCUGCUGUGCACGGGGGCGCUGACUUGGCGGGCGCUGAGUAUGGAGCGCAGGGCCCCUGGAACGACCAUCAGGGACCCUCAGAAAAGCAGCAGGGGUUGAAUAGGGAGCAACAGCAGCAGCAGCACUACAGUAUGCAGCAGCAGCGAGCGCCAAGCCCAGUGGCAGCAGGCAUCGACAGGAGCAGCAGCACGGAUGGGGAUGACUCUUUAGGCUGGACCGGCAUGAUCAGCCUGUGGGGCCGCGGCACUGGCGGGGGUGACACUAUCGAGGUUGCUAGUAACGUGGAUAUGGAGUUUGGUGCAGGCAGAGGGGAGAAGAAUCGCCGUCUUGGCCCCCCUAAAGACAUGGAGCCUGCUGUUGGGCCCCAGGCACCGCCUACCCCACCGAACCUCUUGUCCUCGUUCGGGAUCCUGGCUGCCGCAGCUGCCACCCUGGCUGGGAUAGUCGCCGGCGCUUCGGUAUUCUCUUACUCCUCCUCUGCCCCAUACUCCUCCUCCUCUGCUGCAGCUGCUGCUGCUGCAUCUGGCCGAGGUGGCACUCCUGUAAGGAAUCAGAGGCUCAAGGCGCAGCAUAGGCAGGCCUCCUCCUCUCACCCUCCCAGACAUGCUUCGCACAUGAAUGGUGCGCCCAGUGGCAGGGGGGCGUAUAGAGGAGGGGCUACUAACGAGGAUGGGUUGUCGUGGGUGGCACGAGGGUUGGUCGCGCAACUGCCGGCUUCCUGGCAAGAGUGGGCGGCUGAGCGGUUAGGUGGGGGUGGCAGUGGCAAUGGCAGCAGCAGCAGGAGACGAGGCAAGCAGGGAGCCGGUAGGAGGAACAAGAGUUCAGAAGGAGCAGCAGGUGGUGAAGCAGCAGCAGGGGGAGCGGAAGGUGGGCUGCUGGGCAAGCAGCAGGACGACCUGGCCAAUGGGAUCGCGCCACCUGGACAGGACGACCCAGGGGAAGCAGGAAGGGAGGAUUCGGGGCAGGGCGAAUCUGGGGGGGGGAGGCUGAGCAGGCUGCUGGGAAGUGUGGGGAAGCUGGGCAGUGGCAGCAGGCAGAACAGUGCAGGCAAGGUGAUCUCCCGGCGAGGCAGCCGCGACAAUGAAGGGCCAGGGGAGGGUGCGGGCGGGGGCAGGGCUGAUAAUGGCACAGCAGGCGAGGAGGAGAGUGAGGAGGAUGCGGAGGAGCGGGAGGAGGGGCGGUGGGUGGGGCGGCUGUUUGUGUCCCGGCGGGUGAUCGGGCACGGGAGCCACGGGACGUUGGUGCUGGAGGGGCGGCUGGAGGGGCGACAGGUGGCGGUGAAGCGGCUCCUGUCUCAGUUCUAUGAACGAGCAAGGCAGGAGAUUGCGGCGCUGAUUGCCACGGAUGAGCACCCCAAUGUGGUGCGGUGCUUUGCCAUGGAGGAGGAUGACUCGUUUGUGUAUGUCGCGCUGGAGCGCUGCGCCUUCAACCUCACUGAUCUCGUGCUUGCGUGCCGGGCUAGCCUCGCUGCCGCUAUGGCACCACCAGCACCGGCUGCUGCUGCUGCUGCUGCUGGUGCUUCCUCCGAGCGAGAAAUCAUAGCAGCAGCACUGGAGCGAGUACAGGCCUACUGCACCUCACAGGGCGUGGGGGUGCAGGGGCUGUGCCUGUGGGACGAUAAAGGCCAGCCUACACAACAGCUGGUGGGGUUGCUAAGAGACGUGGCGAGUGGGCUGGCUUAUCUGCAUGAUCAGCGGAUUGUGCACCGGGACUUAAAGCCCCACAAUGUGCUCAUCUCGCUGCUGCUGCCCAGCCGGCAUCGGCAGCGUGGGCAGUCACUGGGUAGGGUGAGUACAGGAGGGGUUAAUGGGGGUAAGAGUGGGUUGGGGGCGGGUGAGGAGUUUGGGUCUCCUGCUGUGCUGUUGACAUCAGGAGAUGCAGCGGCAGGAGGGCCAGCAGCAGGAUCAGCCCACCCGUUCGGAGAGUGGUUUGAGCGCGAUGCGAACGUGCUGGCGGGGAGGGCGGACCUGUUCCCCAUCGACCACGUGCCUGAAGCUCUUGAUUUGGUUGCCGCGCUGCUUGACAGAGAUCCUGAGAAGAGGCCCCCAGCGCACGAGGUGCAGAGGCACCCGUUCUUCUGGCCAGCAGAGCAGCGGCUGGCGUUCCUACGAGACGCCAGCGACCGAGUGGAGGGGGAAGACCGAGAGCUGCACUCGCCGCUCCUCAACGCCCUUGAGGCAGUGGCGUCCAGAGCCAUAGCUCGCAAGGGGGGGAUUAGUAAAGCGCCUGGGGAGAAGGGUGGCGGGUGGAAUGAGCGUGUGGACGGGGCGCUGCUGGCGUCAGCGACGGAUGGGGGGUCAACGGCCGCAGCGGGCAGCGACGAGCUGGCGGAGUUCGUGUCGCGCGACAACCGUCGCAUGCUGCACGUCGUCUACCGCGUUGGGAACCUGGACGCCGCUAUCAAGUUCUACACGGAGUGUCUGGGCAUGAAGCUGCUGAGGCAGCGCGACAUUCCCGAGGAGAAGUACUCCAACGCCUUCCUCGGCUACGGGCCCGAGACCUCCACGUUUGUCGUGGAGCUCACCUAUAACUACGGGGUGGACUCGUAUGACAUUGGAGCGGGCUUUGGGCACUUCGGCAUCUCUGUUGAUGAUGUGUACAAGACGGUGGAGGUGGUGAAGUCGCGCGGCGGCAAGGUGACUCGCGAGGCUGGCCCUGUGAAGGGCGGACAGAGCGUAAUCGCAUUCGUUGAGGACCCGUCUGGGUACAAGUGGGAGAUUAUUCAGCGGCCACCUACUCCCGAGCCACUGUGUCAGGUCAUGCUGCGAGUGGGGGACCUGGACAGGGCAAUUAAGUUUUAUGAAAAGGCAUAUGGCAUGAAGCUGCUGAGGACAAGGGACAACCCACAGUACAAGUACACGAUAGCCAUGGUGGGGUAUGGGCCCGAGGCAGAGAGUGCAGUGGUGGAGCUCACAUACAACUACGGCGUUGAGUCCUAUGAAAAGGGCAAUGCCUACGCACAGAUCGCGAUCGGAACAGACGAUGUGUAUAAGACAGCAGAGGUCAUUCGGGCGGCGGGCGGCACUAUUACUCGCGAGCCGGGCCCGAUCCCUGGCAUCAACACCAAAAUCGUGGCUUGCCUUGGCCCUGAUGGGUACAAAACGGUAUUUGUCGACAAUAAGGACUUCCUUCGUGAGCUAGAAUGA